AUGUCUGACUGGCAGCAUCCAAGCGGCUAUCCACACGGCUAUCCAAGCAAUAACCCCUAUUACUACCCUGCGAACCCUCCCAGUAACCCAGUACGUUCAUGCAGCGCACCCGUCGAGCGCGCCGUGACUGACUUGGAGCAGUAUCAACCACCGCAUCAACCACCCGCUCCGAGUGCGUAUCCACCAGGACCAUAUGAUCCAUACCAACAGCAUCAACCACCGCACCAACCACCGCCUUUGAGUACCUACGGUGGCUCUCUGUCGACGCAUGAGACGCAACAUCAGCAACAAACACCACCCGAGAAACAACAACCCGCGCGAGUCAUGUCGGCGGAGGCAACCACCGCCUUGAGGAAUCUAGGAAUUCGAAGAAACUUGUUAAUCUCCAAGAUCGAAUAUGUUGAAGACGGUGAAUUGGAUGAACUUGGCCAACAACUUGAGUGCGUGCUACUUUGUCCCACGUCAGAACUUGACUGACCAGGAACAGGCAGAUUCGGCGACAGGAGAAUUUUAUCAAGCGGUACGGAAUUCUCCCUCCGUUUUCGCAACAAUUUCGCGCUAUAGGAACAGUGAGUCCUUUCCAAACCCAUUCUAUACGCCCCUUGCGAGUGCAGAAUGUAGCUAAUCAUCCUCGCAGUCCCAGAACUCACCAAUCCCUGGCUCGGCUACCCCUACCGAGACUCCCCAAGCAACCGCAGAGACCGAUGUCCCACGCCCAAUGACUCCUCCUCGAGGCAGCGAUGGUAGGAUUACCUUCCCACCGAUACCCGGAGGCCCACCAACCUACAUUAAAAGCAAUCAGCAACCACCAUCUGCUCCAUUCGGAUCUUCUCCGCGGCCGAGCAGUCAACUGUUUGGCAACCAGCAUCACCAAGGACCACUUCCAGCUCGCACAGAGCCGACUCAGCAACCUACGUCGAACCAGUCUGAUAAAACUGGAUCAGAUGGUUCGCGUGCCGGUGCCUCCACAACCUAAGAGCGACGAUCGUUGAACAAGCAAUCUUAAAUCCUACAGACCCCGACAAGGACCAUCGAAACGCUCCGAGCAAGCAAAUUUCCAAACAAACAGUCAACCUCGCCAACCAAGAAGAAACUUUGAGGAAUCAUUUGAGAAAGAAGACCUGAUCAGAUCCCUCCCCACAGGAGGUCCUGUCCAGGCAUCGGUUCUUCAAUCAGUCCAAUCAACGCCUUGAGCCUACAACCUCCGCACCGAACACAUUGCAGGAUCACUUCACAAACGAACUCGGAACAUUUCGAACGAAGAGUGGCUUCACAAAGCCGAUGUCCAAACCUCAGAGCAACAAGUGCAACAUCACCCGGAAUGCACGCAACAGACCAGACGAGAUGAACGAUGACGCAGAGGUGGCCUGCGGAUACUGUGUCGAGUACCGGAUACUCUACGUCAAGGCGUGUAGGACCGGUGACAUGAUCAUAAUGCCACGCUCAUCGGAAGAUCGAGCGGGCAUUCAAUGGUGGGAUUCUCUCUACUGGAUCCCGCCCGGCGGGCCCGUCCGAAUCGCUGAUUCACGGUACGCCCAUCUGGAUCAACCAGCUGCACCGGAUGAGGAUGAUCGUCCUCGUGAGACGACACCUAGGCGCAGCGACGAGAAGACCGGCAGCGGCUGCUGUCUAUGGCUCCAGGGUAUAGCCGGUAUUAGGAUGUCGCAUUGCGGUAUCCUGAUCUUCUGGCUGGACCCUAAUGCCCAUUCCUCGGUCUGA